CGGCGGCGGCCGAAGCGGCGCCACAGCAGCCGCGGCGAGCAGCGGCGGCCUCGGAGCAAGAGGGGUCCCCGCCCGGGGCUCUGGUGGCCGCGGCGCGCUCGUCGUCGCAGUAUUUCCUGUUUGGAUUAUCUUUUGCUUCUCCCCAGCUGCCUCCUUCCCCUCGCACUCCCACUCUCUCCCGCUCCUCGGUCGAAGCUGCCCUCGGCCCGGGCUCGUCUCCCCCGCCCGGGGACGCCUCUUGCCGCCCCUCCCGGGCCGCGGGGGAGCCCCGCCGAGACCAUGAGGAAAUUCAACAUCAGGAAGGUGCUGGACGGCCUGACCGCGGGCUCGUCCUCGGCCUCGCAGCAGCAGCAGCCGCAGCAGCACCCGCCUGGGAACCGCGAGCCGGAGAUCCAGGAAACGCUCCAGUCCGAGCACUUUCAGCUCUGCAAGACUGUUCGCCAUGGAUUUCCUUAUCAACCCUCAGCCCUGGCCUUUGAUCCUGUACAGAAGAUCCUGGCAGUGGGAACUCAGACUGGUGCUUUAAGGCUCUUCGGUCGUCCUGGAGUAGAAUGCUAUUGCCAGCAUGACAGUGGCGCUGCAGUAAUCCAGCUCCAGUUCCUGAUUAAUGAGGGAGCUCUUGUGAGUGCCUUGGCUGAUGACACCUUACAUUUAUGGAAUUUACGUCAAAAGAGACCUGCCAUACUACAUUCACUUAAAUUUUGCAGAGAAAGACACAUCUUCUAUUCCAUAGGCAACCACAUAAAUUUGUGUCCUUUGAGUAAUCCUUGCAGUCUUGGCAGACACAGGAAUGUGGCAGUAGGUAGUCCAAGUUCACAAACAUACACUGCAGGUUAUGGUAAAUCUUCACGGAGAGCUAUCCAACCUCAAGGAGUUCCAGAAUCAGGAGUUGAUGGUGGUCAGCUUUUGAUUGGCUUUGAAUCUGGAACAGUAGUGUUGUGGGACCUCAAAUCAAAGAAAGCCGACUACCGAUACACAUAUGAUGAGGCUAUUCACUCUGUGGCUUGGCAUCAUGAAGGAAAACAAUUUAUUUGCAGUCAUUCAGAUGGCACCUUGACUAUAUGGAAUGUGAGGUCCCCUGCUAAGCCUGUACAGACAAUCACUCCACAUGGAAAACAGUUAAAGGAUGGGAAGAAGCCAGAACCAUGCAAACCUAUCCUCAAGGUGGAAUUCAAAACGACUAGAUCUGGGGAACCUUUUAUUAUUUUAUCAGGAGGUUUGUCAUAUGAUACUGUAGGAAGAAGACCUUGUUUAACAGUUAUGCAUGGGAAAAGUACUGCUGUGCUGGAAAUGGACUACUCAAUUGUUGAUUUUCUAACGUUAUGUGAAACACCGUACCCCAAUGAUUUUCAGGAACCAUAUGCUGUGGUUGUUCUUCUAGAAAAAGAUUUAGUACUUAUAGACCUUGCACAAAAUGGAUAUCCUAUAUUUGAAAACCCCUACCCUUUGAGUAUACACGAGUCUCCUGUGACAUGUUGCGAGUAUUUUGCUGAUUGUCCUGUGGACCUUAUUCCUGCACUUUAUUCAGUUGGAGCGAGACAGAAACGUCAAGGUUACAGCAAAAAGGAAUGGCCCAUCAAUGGAGGUAAUUGGGGCUUGGGUGCUCAAAGUUACCCAGAAAUAAUUAUUACAGGGCAUGCUGAUGGGUCAGUUAAGUUCUGGGAUGCUUCUGCAAUAACUCUACAAGUAUUAUAUAAACUAAAGACGGCUAAAGUAUUUGAAAAGUCAAGAAAUAAAGAUGACAGGCCAAACACAGACAUUGUAGAUGAAGAUCCGUAUGCCAUUCAGAUCAUCUCCUGGUGUCCAGAAAGUAGAAUGCUGUGCAUAGCUGGAGUUUCGGCUCACGUCAUUAUUUAUAGGUUCAGCAAACAAGAAGUGAUUACAGAAGUCAUUCCAAUGCUUGAAGUUCGAUUGUUAUAUGAGAUAAAUGAUGUGGAAUCCCCAGAAGGUGAACAGGCACCCCCUUUGCCAACACCAGUGGGGGGCACGAAUCCUCAGCCCAUUCCUCCUCAAUCUCAUCCUUCCACCAGUAGCAGUUCCUCUGAUGGGCUUCGUGAUAAUGUCCCUUGUUUAAAAGUUAAAAAUUCACCACUGAAACAGUCACCCGGUUAUCAGACAGAACUAGUUAUUCAGUUGGUAUGGGUAGGCGGAGAACCACCACAACAGAUAACCAGCCUGGCAGUCAAUUCUUCCUAUGGACUGGUAGUUUUCGGCAAUUGUAAUGGCAUCGCGAUGGUUGACUACCUCCAGAAAGCGGUACUUCUCAACCUGGGCACCAUUGAAUUAUAUGGCUCCAACGAUCCUUACCGAAGAGAACCCCGGUCUCCUCGGAAAUCUCGACAACCUUCAGGAGCUGGCCUGUGUGAUAUCAGUGAAGGGACUGUCAUCCCAGAGGAUCGCUGCAAAUCCCCGACUUCAGGUUCUUCAUCACCACACAAUUCAGAUGAUGAACAAAAAAUGAAUAAUUUUAUAGAAAAGGUGAAGACCAAAAGCAGAAAGUUUUCCAAGAUGGUAGCCAGUGAUAUAGCAAAGAUGUCAAGGAAGUUAAGCUUGCCUACUGACCUAAAGCCUGAUUUAGAUGUGAAAGAUAAUUCCUUCAGCCGAUCCCGGAGUUCAAGCGUAACCAGCAUUGAUAAAGAAUCCCGAGAAGCGAUCUCUGCUCUUCAUUUCUGUGAAACUUUUACUCGAAAGGCAGACUCAUCUCCUUCCCCGUGCUUAUGGGUUGGCACGACCUUGGGAACGGUGCUCGUCAUUGCACUGAACCUUCCCCCAGGAGGAGAGCAAAGACUUCUUCAGCCAGUAAUCGUGUCUCCAAGUGGUACUAUCUUGAGGUUGAAAGGAGCGAUCCUGAGAAUGGCAUUCCUGGACACCACAGGCUGCUUGGUGCCCCCUGCAUAUGAACCCUGGAGAGAACACAACGUUCCUGAAGAAAAAGACGAAAAGGAGAAACUGAAGAAAAGACGGCCAGUCUCCGUAUCCCCUUCCUCUUCUCAGGAAAUUAGUGAGAACCAGUAUGCAGUGAUCUGUUCUGAAAAGCAAGCAAAAGUAAUCUCACUGCCAACCCAGAACUGUGCUUACAAGCAAAACAUUACAGAGACCUCAUUUGUGCUUCGUGGUGAUAUCGUCGCUUUGAGUAACAGUAUCUGCCUUGCCUGUUUCUGUGCCAAUGGACACAUCAUGACUUUCAGUUUGCCAAGUUUAAGGCCUCUGUUGGACGUGUAUUACUUGCCCCUUACCAACAUGCGGAUAGCCCGAACGUUCUGCUUUACCAACAACGGACAAGCCUUGUAUCUUGUCUCACCUACAGAAAUUCAGAGGCUCACUUACAGUCAGGAGACCUGUGAGAACCUUCAGGAAAUGUUGGGUGAACUCUUCACUCCUGUAGAAACACCCGAGGCACCAAACAGGGGAUUCUUCAAAGGCUUGUUUGGAGGCGGUGCACAGUCUCUUGAUAGAGAAGAACUAUUUGGGGAAUCAGCCUCAGGAAAGGCUUCGAGAAGUCUUGCACAGCAUAUCCCGGGCCCGGGAGGCAUUGAAGGCGUCAAAGGAGCAGCGUCUGGAGUGGUGGGUGAAUUAGCCCGCGCCAGGCUGGCGCUGGACGAGCGCGGCCAGAAACUCGGAGACCUGGAGGAAAGAACCGCAGCCAUGUUGUCUAGUGCGGAGUCGUUUUCCAAACAUGCUCACGAGAUGAUGUUGAAAUACAAAGAUAAGAAGUGGUACCAGUUCUGACAACCAGAAAUCCAACUAAGUCCAACUUCAGCCAAAAGGAAAACGAAUUUUCCUUUUUUACUUUAUUGAUUUUACUUUAGGAAAGUUAACAUUAAAGGGACGUUCACCACCGGCUACUGUUCUUUCCUAAGUCAUGCACUGUUUUACGUCAGUCACGUGGCUUUACCUGAGGACUGUUCCGACUCCGAGUGACACACACGCUGUGUGCCAGCUAAGAAGUCACAGUGUGGGAGCUGAGCAGGUCACACGAUACAGAUGAAGAAACAGAGGGGGAUGUAGAGACAUGGCAGGGACUAUUCCUGAAUCAUUCCUGCAUUAAACUUCUCAUACGCCAAAAGCUGUGUGCUGUUGUAUCUGCCGUCAGUGUUUGACCUCUGAGGGAGAGGCAGUGAGCUCGAAGUUCCGAAGCUGAAAUCGUUCAUGUUUGUCUCAUUGACUGAAUUACAAGCAGCUGUCUUGGACCGUCCCUCCCUUAAACUGACUGGUCAUCAGUAUCAUUAGUGAAAAAGCAACAAACUGUUUGUUACCAUAUCUUUAGACAGAUAAGCUGAAUGGUGGGCUUUCAAUAAUAAAAACAUACACAUGGUUGACUUGU